ACGGCGUGCGCCGGAAGCGGAGGCCGGAGCGGCGGCGGCGGACGGAGCGGCGCGGACGGAGCGGCGAGAUGCCUGUGACUGUGGGCCCAUACGGACAAUCGCAGCCCAGCUGCUUUGACAGAGUGAAGAUGGGUUUCAUGAUGGGCUUUGCGGUGGGCAUGGCAGCAGGAGCUCUGUUUGGCACCUUCUCCUGCCUCAGGAUUGGCAUGAGAGGACGAGAGCUGAUGGGAGGAGUUGGCAAAACGAUGAUGCAGAGCGGUGGGACGUUUGGGACGUUCAUGGCCAUUGGGAUGGGGAUCCGCUGCUGAGCUGGCGCUGCCCUGCAGCCCCCUGUGCCCCUCCCCCCAAUAAAGUCUUUAGAUACUUGGAA